UUCUUUUUCUGACGGUUAAUACCGCGAUUUUUAUUAUUUUUUUCCCUCUCAUUCCGUUGGAAAAGUCACUUUCACUCUUUUUUCUUCUCUGAAUCACGUUUCGUGCUUCUUCUCUUCUUCGUUUCUCACUCUGCAAAAUCAUUUCGUACCUUCGCAGAGUAAAAAAAACACGAACGAAGAAGACGAAAGAGAAGAAUCUCGCCGUCGCCGUCGUCAUGGAGUUCGGAGCCACCACCUCAACACUAACAAAGAAGCACUCCAACAGCUACUCCGUCACCGGAAGAUCUGCUUACGACGGCGUUUUUGCUACUCCAAUCAAGCUAAGAACUCCAAGCUUCUCUCAAUUUGAUGAUUACAACGAGGUUUUCGGUUGCUCAGAUGCUUCUUCUUCGAUUCCGAUUCUCGAACUUCCGGAGCUCAAUGAAAGUAGAAUGGUUGAAGAUUUUCAGCGUUCAAACCUCGAUUACUCCAAAGUCUUCAGCGGUUUCGACAAUCUAGACACUACUGUACCUUUUGAGGAACUGAUUCCGAAGCCUAAAGCAUCGAAACGGAGCAAAGUCAAAAGUGGAGAACAAUCUUGCAGGGAAGAUCGUGUUAAUUCUUCAAAGGAAAUCCCGGUGAUAUCACCUUCAUCCAAUGGAGCCAAAACGAUCAAUAUGUCAUAUCAUAAAGUUAACCAAGGAAGUGAAAAUGGAACAAAUGGGACAACACAUAUAGCUAAACUCCAUGCUGUCCCUGCUUACACUUGUUUAAUUGAAGAAGUCAGUUCAGUAAAGACGAGCAGGGCUAAAUGGUCUAUUCCAGCAGCAAAGGAUGCUUUUUCUGGUAUUCAUUGUGAUGAGGGGAUAAAAGAAGGCGGACGUUGUGAUAAAUCAUCUGUCGAUGCUUCAUCUAAUAAUGUCAAAAAACAGUUUUCCAACAAUGGAGGGAAAGCUAUAAAUAGAUCCGACUCUGUUGAUAUGUUUUAUGAUGAGGGGAUAAAAGAAGGUGGACUUUGUGAUAAAUCAUCUGUCCAUGCUUCACCUAAUAAUGUCAAAAAACAGUCUUCCAACAAUGGAGGGAAAGCUAUAAAUAGAUCCGACUCUGUUGAUAUGUUUUAUGAUGCAUGCGAGACUAGCAAGGGAAGUGACACAGUUCAUGAAAUCAAAGUUCCUCCUUCACAGACUGUAACAGAUAAUUUGGAUCAUUAUAAUGACAUUGAUACUUCGAGAUCAACGGCAACCAAAUGCCAAGCAUCUCAAAGUGGCACAUAUGAAAGUGCUGCUGGUGCUGAUUCACCGACAUACCUAGAAGACACAGUUGACUCAAAUUCAGCGGCAGCAGCUUCUGUAGCUGCUUUAAGGAAGGCUAUAGAAGAGGCUCAAAUGAAAAUAAAGGUUGCAAAAGAAUCAAUGAGAAGAAAGAAAGAAGGCUUUCCUGAUCAUGUCAAACAGAAGUCUAGUAUUGAUUUGAAAGUCAAGGAAAAAAAGGAAGCUAAACUUGCAUGCAAAACAUCGAAAGUUAAAGAGAUUAAUACAAGGCAAACAUUUGGAGAAAUGGAUGCCUUGCUGCAAGUUUCUUCUGAUGUAGGAAAGCUACCGAUGAGAACAGAGAAAGUAAGAUCAGAUAUUGGGGAUAAAGAAAUGUGUACUGCAAAUGAAGCCGUACAAGAAGUACAGAACAAAUUGAAAUUGUCUCCAGACAAACAUAAGGAAGAGGUUGAACUGAAAGAAGCAGAUCAUAAAGGAAAAAAUCUUGAGCUUAAAGAGGCAGGAAAUGCUAAGAAAGUCCCUUAUAUUAAAAACACUGGUAGGAAUGCCACCGAAAAACCUGAAGAAUCUGAUCAUGCAAUUGAAAUGGUUGAGGAAUAUUGGGAGCAGGAGAAUGGUGAAGAAAAGGUUCGUGCAGUUAAUGAAGCAAGUUAUUGUGAAGAACUUGUCCAUGAAACUAAACAAAAGUGUCAAGAAGUUGCUGGUGAAACAAACCUGAUUCACGAGACACUUGACAGUGGAGUGACAGACAAGAGGUUGAAGGUUAAAGAAGUUGAGAACAAGGUUACACCGUUUAAUGAACCAAAAGGCUCUGUAAUUAACCUAGGUGGGAAAUCGUCGAUGAUGAGAAAGAAAGAAAGUAUUGGCUAUAAGCCAGAAGAUGGUAAAAAGACUAAAUGGUCCAUUGAUCAGGAAGAAUGCCAAAAAAUAUUGAGAGCUAUUCAGGAACUUGGAAAUGGUGACAGAGAAAUUUCUCAAGAGCAAAAAGAAAGUGAGAAUAAAGUUGAAGUGGUCAGUGAGUUUGAAGAAUGUGAAUUGACAGAGUCUCCGGAGCUAUUAGACAAUGAGGGACCGUGCAGUCCUCAUCAUUCAGAAUUAAUAAGCAUGGACAAAGAAAUAUAUAAUUCAGGGUGUUUAGAAGACAAAAAGAGAAGGAAUGCAUCUGGUUCUUGGGAUGUAAAUCAAGAGGUAGAACAUUCCUAUUGGAGAGAAGCCACUGAUAGUACGUUUAGCAAUAUCAAUGUCAAGGAAACACUGGAGGACAUAGUUGACCAUAUUCACCAUGAUGAAGAGAUUCAUGAAAGAAAUGCAAAGGCUAGUGAUUUAAAUGGAAAUGUGAGGCUUCAAGAUGCCCAUGCUUGUGAAAAUGACCUCGAGGGAGCCACACACCCUAUGGAAGAAAAUGAGAGUGAAAGGAAAGACAACAAGGUGCUUGAAGUAAUUAUAGAAACUCAAACUGAUCUAAUUUAUGAGGAGAUAAGAGAAGAAGAAUCGGGCAACACCUCAGAAUCCAGUUCUAGCUAUGAACCAGAUGAAACUGAGAAGUUGAACAAAACACAGGUUUCUAAUACAGUAAAUGAAAAUGAUGAAACUCAUGAAGUAACUCCAGAGUUUUAUUCAUGUGAUCUGCAGGAUGAUAUAAUGGUCACAAGUAAUGCUUCAGUACAACGUCAAGAGAAAUAUGAAGAGCCAGAAUCUGUUCAAGUCACUAAUGAUUUGUGCGAGAAACAUGCAGGCCAGACUUCUGACUUUGAUGAAGGUGCCCCUUUACUCAGUGAAACAGUGUAUCAAAUGAACAGUACAUUUGAAACAGUUACCAUUGACGAUGAUUCCACAAAUGUUGGUGAAACUGACAUGAUGAAGGUUAGGCAAAACCAAGAUCAGUGUUUGGAAAAGGCAGAAUCUGACUGCGAUCUAGUUAUGCUUCUUGAAGAAACAACCCCCGAGUCUAUAGAAAUAUGUAUGGAUGCAAAGGAGCAUAGAGUUGUGUCAGAUGAAGAGAUCGAGGAUAAUAGAUCUACCUCUUCUUGUGAAGCAUCUCAGAUACCCUUCAAAGAAGAGGAGGUGAAAUCAAUUCCCAGCAAAAUAAAGGAGAGUCAUCAAACAUCCGUGACAAAGGAAGUGAAGGAAGCCAAUGGUAAGUCACAGAAGGUAGAGGUGGAUAGGGAACUUCUCAAGAAAAUCGAUGAAGUAAAGAAUAGAGAAAGAGAAAAGGAGAAAUUAGCUGUAGAAAGAGCAAUCCGUGAAGCUCGUGAAAGGGCAUUUGCUGAUGCGAGAGAGAGGGCAGCUCUGGAGAGGGUUGCAGCUGAAGCACGUCAAAAGAACAUUUUGAAUGGGCGAGAAAGGCUAAAAACCACUAGUCAAGCAAAUGAGAAAACACCGGCUGAGAAGACUGCAAUGGAAGCAAAACUUAAAGCUGAACGCGCUGCUGUGGAGAGAGCAACUGCAGAGGCAAGAGCACGUGCCCUGGAGAGGGCACUGUCUGAGAAGGCUGCUUAUGAUGCAAAAAAUAAAUCUGACAAGUCUGUUCCAGAGAAGUACGUUGGUGCAUCCAGAAGCAAUGGAACAAAGCAAAACGCCCAUUCAAAAUCUUUCAGCUAUGGUGUUCGUGAUUCUACUGGGGUCUUUGAUGGAGCUAAUGCUGACUCUGCUCAGAGAUGUAAAGCUAGGUCCGAGAGGCAUCAGAGAAUAGGAGAACGUGUGGCAAAGGCUCUUGCCGAAAAGAGUAUGCGUGAUCGACUUGUGCAGAAAGAGCAAGAGGAGAGACAUAGGGUAGCUGAAGCUCUCGAUGCCGAUGUUAAAAGGUGGUCAAGUGGGAAGGCAGGAAACUUGAGAGCAUUGCUUUCAACAUUACAAUAUAUCCUUGGGCCCGAUAGCGGUUGGCAACCAAUUCCUUUAACAGCAAUAGUAACCACACCUGAUGUAAAGAAAGCUUACCGCAAAGCCACUCUUUGUGUGCAUCCCGAUAAGCUGCAGCAGCGAGGGGCUAGCAUUCAGCAAAAGUACACUUGUGAGAAGGUUUUUGAUCUUCUAAAGGAAGCAUGGAACAGAUUCAACAUGGAAGAAAGGUGAACAGUGCAUGUUAAUUGUGCUUUGUGAUGGUCAUGCGCUCUGUGGCAACGAUUCUUUCAAUUGAGCCGUUCAAUGAAAAGUAAGCUCAUGUUUGUAUGAAGUAGGCAAAUUUAGAAGGCCUGUAGGUGAAAACUUUCAAUUCAAUAUAUAUAAUAUAUAGCUCAAUUGUUCUGUUCCACAUUUUUUUUCCAAAAAAAGUUGUUGUCUAUUUAAAAUAAGCCUUUAUUAAUCAAGGAAUAAUUAACCCAGAA